AUGAUAAAUUAUAGCUUAAAGUGCAGUCUAGUUGCUGCUUGUAUUGCAGUCGUGUUUGGGUACAAUAUUUCCAUUGUGAAUUCUACAAUUCCAUAUAUAAUCUUAUAUUUCGGAUUAUGUGAUGAAAAAGGUUCCUUCUUAUCUCAAAGUAAUUGUGAAGCUGGUCAAUAUGCAAUUCUCUGGAUGUCUGUAUUGUAUUUCGCUUCAGCAUUGAUAUUUUGUUAUGUUGCAAAAUAUACAGUAAGUAAAAGUCGUGUAAAUAGUUUGAGUGUGGCUACAAUUCCCUAUAUAAUAGGAGGAGUUAUUUGCUACUUUUCUAAGACUUUCAGUAUAUUCUGCUUUGGUAGAUUUAUAUGUGGAGCAGGUCUAGGUUUAGCUUCAGCAAGUGCAACUUAUAUAUCGGAAAUUUCACCUAGUGAUAAGAGAGGAUCAUAUACAUCACUUUUUGCUUUAUGUAUCCCUUUUGGACAAACUAUAUCCUUUAUUUUAGGUAGUCACUUAUUAUCAAUGGAAAAUUUGCAGCUACAUAACAAAGAUUAUUUUAUUAACUAUUAUAAGUUUCUAUAUCUACUAUUAUCAAUAUUUGGAGUUAUAUUGUUUUUAUCUGUGAAACAUUUCUGUUUAUAUGAGACACCAAGCUUCUUAAUAUUAAAUAAUAGGAUAGAUGAAGCAAAAGAAGUUCUUAAUAAGAUAUAUAGUGGCAAGGAUGAUGCAAUACGUGAACUGAUUAACUUAACGUCUACAGCAAGUGAUAAGGAAACUUGUAAUUCAAAAUUAACAUUUUUAGAUUUAUUUUCACGUAGAUACUUUAUAGUACUGGUUGUUUGUAUGACUUUAUCUAUAGGUGUUAGUGCUAGUGGUAUUGGAGUUUUUGCACAAAAAGCAACUUCUUUAAUGCAGUCAGCUACAAAUAUUUCUGCAGAAUAUGUAAAGUAUUUAGUUAUUUUGAUGGGCGUAGUAUCUACCACAUCGACAUAUAUUGGUGGUCAAUUUACAGAAAAAUAUGGUAGGAGAAAUCUAACUAUUGUAGGUACAAUGUCAAUUUUUGCUUCACUGGUUAUCCUUGCAAUUUUCAAUAUAUACCCAGAAAUAUUACCCCCAUUGGCAACUUCAAUUAUUUCACUAAUAGCUAUGUACAUAUUCUUGAUUUCAUUUGCUAUAUCUAUUGGUCCAGUACAGUGGGUUUAUUUACCAGAAGCAUUUCCAUCAGAAAUAAGAGCAAUUGGUAUGAGUUUCUGUACAAUGUUAAGUUGGGUAACAACAUUAAUUUAUGUAUCUUUGUCUUGUAUCAUUUCCGAUUUAUCUAUCUAUUUACUAUCAGCUUGCGCGUGUUUACUUAUUGUACUUUUAUCAUAUCUAUUUAUGAAGGAAACAAAAGGGUGUACUAAAUCACCUUAUGAAGAAAGUGAAAUAUAUGAAAGUGUAUGUUAA